AUGGCCGGAAAAGGUGGGAAGGGGCUUUUAGCUGGAAAGACUACGGCCGCUGCGGCAGCCACCAAGGAGAAGGAUAAGAAAAAGUCAAUUUCUCGGUCGGCUCGUGCUGGUCUUCAGUUUCCAGUCGGUAGAAUUCAUCGUCACUUAAAGUCAAGAACUAGUGCCCACGGAAGAGUUGGGGCAACAGCAGCCGUUUACUCAGCUGCAAUUCUUGAAUAUCUGACAGCAGAAGUGCUCGAGUUAGCUGGAAAUGCCAGCAAAGAUCUCAAGGUAAAGAGAAUAACACCAAGGCACUUGCAGCUGGCCAUUCGAGGGGACGAAGAGCUCGACACUCUCAUCAAAGGAACCAUAGCUGGUGGUGGUGUGAUUCCUCAUAUCCACAAGUCCCUCAUCAACAAAACUACCAAGGAAUGA